AUGUCUUUGCGCAGGCUCCUGUGUGCCCUCGCGGCCGUGCUGGCCGUCGCCGUGUACCUGGCGGCGCCGGCCGCGGGCGCCCCCUCCCCGGGGCAGGCGGCCGGCCUCGCGGCCUGCUCGACCGGGUGCGCCCUGUGCGACGAGCCGGCCGACGCGUGCCUCACCUGCGAGGCCGGGUACUUCCUGCUGGCGGGGGCCUGCGUGGAUGAGUGCCCGGCCGGCACAUUCACCGACAUGGGCGCCUGCGCCCCCUGCUCGGACGACUGCCAGGCGUGCGUCGCGGCCGACGACUGCCGCCUCUGCCAGCCCGGCACCUAUCUCCUGGCCGGCGCGUGCGUGGCCGACUGCCCGGCCGGCAUGCACCCGGCGGCCGACACGUGCGAGGCCUGCGCCGCCGGCUGCGCCGCCUGCUCCUCGGCCGCCGAUUGCCAGGCCUGCCAGCCCGGCAUGGACCUCCACAAUGGGACCUGCGUGGCCGACUGCCCGGCCGGGACCUUCUCCGCGGCCGGCGCCUGUGCCCCCUGCCCCGGGGGCUGUGCCUCGUGCGCCUCGGCCGCCGAGUGCCUCGCCUGCCAGGAUGGCCACCUCAUGCAUGCGGGGGCCUGCGUGACGGACUGCCCGGCCGGGAUGCAUGCCGGCCCGGGCGCCUGCGAGCCCUGCCCGGCGGACUGCGCCGCCUGCACCUCGGCCGCCGAUUGCCAGGCCUGCCAGCCCGGCAGGCUGCUCCUUGCCGGGGCCACCUGUGUGGCCGAGUGCCCGGCCGGCAUGUUCCCCGAGGCCGGGGCGUGCGAGGCCUGCCCGGCCGGCUGCGCCGCCUGCGCCUCGGCCACCGCGUGCCAGGCCUGCCACGAGGGCGGCCUCCUGCUGGCGGGGGCCUGCUGCCAUGCCUGCAAGGGCAGCUCCUUCCUCCUGGCCGGGGCCUGUGUGGCCGAGUGCCCGGCCGGCAUGCUCGCCGCCGCGGGCGCCUGUGUCCCCUGCUCGCCGGACUGCGCACGCUGCGCCGAACGCGCGGACUUCUGCCUUGCCUGUGCCGCGGCCGGCCAGGCCCUCCUCCCGGCCACGGGCCAGUGCGUGUCGGAGUGCCCGGCCGGCGAGGCACCGGCCGGCUUGCCGAUGGCCUGCCAGCCGUGCGACCCCUCGUGCGCCGCCUGCACGGCCCCCGGCAAUGCGGCUGCCUGCUCCGCCUGCCCGGCCGGCUCGCUGCUCCACGGGGCGGCCUGCGUGGCGGCCUGCCCGGCCGGCACCUUCGCCCAGGCGCCGGACCGGUGUGCGCCCUGCGCCGAGGGCUGCCACACGUGCUCCGGCCCCGGGGCCGAUGCCUGCCAGGAAACCUGGUGCCAAGUGGAUGGCACCUGCCCGGAGAAGCCCUCGACGUCUGCCCGCACCCUGGCCCUGGGCCUGGGCAUCGGGGCGGCGGUCCUGCUGCUGCUCAUCAUCCUGCUGAUCCUCUGCGUCAUUCGCCGGCGCCGCCGUGCCAAGGAGGAAGAUGAUUCGGAGCUGGCCCUCACCGGAGCCAGCCACAUGCCGGAUUUCCUCGUGCCGGACUUCCUGCUCCUGGACUUCAACAAGGACCUGCAUGUGGAUGAGGCCCAGUCGCCGGUGAGCAUCGUCGGCAAGGGCACCCGCCUGACCGUGCAGCCGGUUGUCCCGCUCAAGGCGUCCCUCAUUCAGCAGGCCGCCGGGCGCGCGCUCGUUUUGAAGACCGUCGAGCGCCAGGAGUCCAGCUCCAUGACCGACGACCACCGCGAGGCCAUGUUCCGCAAUGAAAUGUCCAUUCUCUGGGCCAUGAGGGACUCGCCGAACGUGGUGGAGAUGCUCGGCUACACGGAGGUCCCGUCGGCCAUCGUGCUGGAGGGCCACCCCACCGACUUGGCGACCCUGCUCAAGGGCGGCGACAUCCUGCACGUGGAGGACGCCAUGACCGUCAUCUCCGGCCUGCUCCUCGGCCUGGAGUACCUGCACAUGAAUGACAUCGCACACCGGGACAUCCGGUCCUCCAAUGUCCUCAUUCGCCAGUAUGGCGACACCGGCCGCAUGCGGGCCGUCCUGUCGGACUUCAGCCUGGCCUGUGCGGCCGGGCGGUCGCCGCCCCUGCUGGACGCCAUCCUGCUGAUGUCCUGCAGUGUGCCCUUUGCGGCGCCCGAGAUCCUCAACCUCACAAGCCGCAGCGAUCUCAGAGCCGUGGACUUCCAGGCGGCCGACAUGUACGCCGCCGGGUCGGUCAUUUGGCAUGUGCUGUCGCACGAGCGCCCAUGGUCCGACGUCUCCUUCCCGGAAAUCAUCGCCCUGGUGGCGUCCGGCCAGAACCCCGGCAGCCGGGGCCCGCGGUCGGUAUACUCGCGCGACGUCAGUGCCGGCGUGGCCCCGCUGUUGGAGGCCCUGCCGGAGCUGUGGUCACCGGAGCCCCACCGGCGGAUGACCGCGCGUCGCCUGCUGGCCAUCCUCCGGCGUGUCUAG